AUUUUUUCUCCACACAUUUUUCACCUAAUUUCUCUUAAUCGUGUAUCCCACGGGGUCGAGCCAAAGUCGGGCUCGUCGUCGGACCUGCUUGAACCGCUGCUUACUGUGAAGAGCGAGGCGGGGAAUGGCCGGGAGCGGCGGCGGCGGCGGCUGCGCGAAGAGCGGCGGCAUCAGCAGCAGCAGCAGCAGCAGUGGAGAGGAAGACGGCGACGCGGAGUGGAGGGCGGCCAUCGAGUCCGUCGCCGCCGCAGACUUCAGGGCUGCCGGAUCGAAGCGCGGCGCUGCUUCCGACGACGAGAAGCCCAAAACCCCCGGCCUCAAGCUCUACCAGAUCAAGGCAAAAAAGCUUUUGGAUGAUCUCUUGGAAAAUAAUAUUGAAAUAGUCAGAACUCAUGGCUCACACUUGGGUGACGCUGCUCAAUCUGAUGUGGGCGGGAUUAAACUUUUUAGAAAAGCACCGCCUGGAAUAACCUUGGAUACUGUAGAUUCAUAUCCUCGACCAGAUAAGAAGCCAAGAAUUCUACCUGGAGAGGAGAUCGAUGAGAAAUCAAAGAAGUUUAGACGGCAACUUCAAUCAGUUGCCAUAGAUGGCAAUGAUGUGAUUGCUUCUGCACGAGAAGCAUCUCGAAAGUCUUUGGCUAGAUUUGAAGCUAAGGAAGCCGCAGUGAAGGCAGCAGCAAAGAGAGAGGAAGAAAGAGUUCAAGAACUAAGAAGGAUCAGGGGAGAGAAAUGGCUUCCUUCAAUUGCCAGAGAAAUGAGGGACAAAACUUCCGCGCAGCAAGGAGGCUAAUUGGAAUAGUAGUAAGUUGUCGCUGCGAUGUAUUUGGGUACAAAAAACAUUCACAACAUUCUUCUCCAGAUCUUUUGGUGUGAAGCAUGGUUAUUGGAAACUAUUUACAUUGUCUAUUAAAUUUGCAUGCCUGUCUUUUCUCUCAAAAAAAAAAAAAAAAAAAAAAAAUUGCAUGCCUGUCACAUAAGUGGGUUCAGCUUGUGUUUCGCCUCCUUUUUAGUUUUUUGUCUAAUGUUCCAUUCAGGCUUUGCAGUAACUCUACCUUUGGCAUCUGGGAAAACCAUUUGAAGGUGUUGAGGAAACAGCUUAUAGUAGAAUGCCAUUGCGGCUAGCGGCUUUAACAAAAUGGUCACACUCCUCUCAUGUCCAAGGAAUCAUCUGGAGUAAUCUGUUGGAGUUUAGCUUUUGCAUGUUUGCAAAAUGCAAAGAGCUGUAUUUUAUCAAUGAAACUCUAUUUUAUCAAUGUAACGAUGAUAUAUCUGGUGCUGAAAGAAUAUUUAUCUGGCAUGUCAUUUUGUUAAUCUCAAACUUGCAUUUUAUGAAGUUAAAAGAGUAGGAAUCAGAUGCCCUUA